CAAGUAGGAAGCAGUUACUCAUUUCCGGUAGGGGGCAAGAUGGCGGCGCCCGAUGAGCUGUUCGUGUGGGAAGGAGAUUGGGGUCUGCCGUCCGUCAACAGCGACUGCUUGGUGCUUCUGGCGUACGCUCAAUUUUCCGGCGCUCCCCUCAAAGUUCACAAGGUGUGCAACCCGUGGAGAUGUCCUGGAGGUGCCAUUCCCGCGCUGAGGACCGCCCACAAGGAGGCGCUGUGGCGACCCUCUGACAUCAUCAUCCACCUACGAAAACAGAAGUACAACGCAGACUUUGACCUCUCGGCCAAGGAGGCCGCAGACAGCCUCGCCUUCAUUGCACUCAUCCAACAGAAGCUCACGCCGGCCGUGUUAUACGCACUGUGGGUGGAGCCCAAAAACUAUGUGGAGGUGACGCGGCGCUGGUACGCUGAGCACAUGUCCUUCCCGCUCAGCUUGUUCCUGCCGGGCCGCAUGCAGCGCCACCAGCUGGAUACACUGCGGCUGCUGCGAGGGGAUGCCAGCCUGGAGGCUAGCGAGGAGCUGGAGAAGGAGUUGUACGGCGACGCCACCGACUGCAUGGACCUGCUGGCGCAACGACUCGGAACGCAAAAGUUCUUCUUUGGAGACUCGCCUUCGUCUCUCGACGCAUUUGUGUUCGGCUGGCUGGCUCCAAUCCUCAAGUGCAAACUUCCCAACGGGAAACUGCAGCAGCAUCUCAAGUCUCUGGACAACCUGCAUGCGUUUUGCGCCAACAUCCUGCUCAUCUACUUCCCCAAUAACAGCGCUCCCCGGUCUGGCCGCUCGGACGAGUGCCGGGACCCCGAGCACGUGCCCAACCGACGCACCAAGCAGUUCCUGUCCGCGCUGGCGGCGCUGGGCGCCAUGUUGUCCUACGCCUUGCUCACCGGCAUGGUGUCUGUCCAGCAUGGCCACAAGGGGGCGGUGGAGCACAGCGGACUUUCGCACCCCCACCAAGACGAUGACGAAGACGACUGAAUUCAGCAACCGCUUUGGGAUUUUCCUCACGUUUCCUUCGCAUUUGGCAGCUGUGUUUUGUCUGCCUUUCUUCCAUAUUUCACUUCAUCCACCUUUCUUGGGUUUCCUCUUUUUCUUUGUUGUUUCAUCCAUGCUUUCCUCCGACCUUCCUUCCUGCUUCCUUCAUGUGGACACGGGAAUGGCCAUGAAUUAAAAAAAGUAAUUUUUUAAAAUUUUUUUUGCUUUUUGAAAUAUUGACAAUAAAGCUCAUGAGAGCUCCGCCCAUCA